ACCGGAAGCAAAAUGCUUGUCUCCUUAGGCGCGUGCGCAGCCUGGCAGGACGUGUACCUUGAGUCCUGGGCUCUACUUUAGCUUCACAAAUCCUGUCUUGUGCGAUGUCAUCCGUUGCUCAAGGUUCCCAGCCUUUUGGAGCUGGAGAGGGCGUGGAAAAGGACUUUAGGUGCAACCCCCAACCCCCGCGGGUCGCCCUAGUCCUUUAAUAGCACACUACGGAUCCCAGGACCACUGUGAUCUGUUAUGCUAUCGAAGAAAGCAAGAGGGGAGUGGUCCAAACCUCGCUGCUGACGGGGAACGGAACUUAUAGACGAGCCCAUGUUACAAUCAAAACUGUCCGCCUUCCAACGGCAAGUAGUUUUAACUUCUGUAAGGUUCGGGGCCCGACGCCUGCGCAAAUUGUAGAGCCGGAUCCAUGGCGACCGAGCAUCUACCAGCAGAGAGAGCACAGUCGCUCCUCUCAGCCACCCAGCGCGAGGAAGAGCGUCAGAAGCCCAACUAUGCUCUCAGACUUACUCUUGAGGGGCACUCGGCAGCCAUAUCAUCAGUUAAAUUUAGUCCGAAUGGCGAAUGGCUAGCAAGUUCGGCAGCUGAUGCACUAAUUAUGAUUUGGGGAGCAUAUGAUGGGAAAUGUAAGAAAACACUCCAUGGUCACAGUCUGGAAAUAUCAGAUGUUGCAUGGUCUUCGGAUUCUAGUCGUCUUGUUUCAGCCUCAGACGAUAAGACUCUAAAGGUAUGGGAUUUGAGAUCUGGAAAAUGUUUGAAAACACUGACGGGGCACAGCGAUUUCGUCUUCUGCUGUGAUUUUAACCCAGCAUCUAACCUCAUCGUUUCAGGAUCUUUUGAUGAGAGUGUUAAAAUAUGGGAAGUGAAAACAGGAAAGUGCCUCAAGACUUUGUUUGCACAUUCAGAUCCCAUUUCUGCUGUAAAUUUUAAUUGUAAUGGGUCCUUGAUAGUGUCUGGGAGCUAUGAUGGUCUUUGUAGGAUCUGGGAUGCUGCGUCAGGCCAGUGUUUAAGAACACUUGCUGAUGAAGGUAACCCUCCGGUGUCUUUUGUAAAAUUUUCUCCAAAUGGUAAAUACAUUCUCACUGCAACUUUGGACAAUACUCUUAAACUGUGGGAUUACAGCAGGGGCAGAUGCCUGAAGUCGUACACAGGUCAUAAGAAUGAGAAAUACUGUAUAUUUGCCAAUUUCUCUGUUACUGGUAGAAAGUGGGUUGUGUCUGGUUCAGAGGACAACAUGGUUUACAUCUGGAACCUUCAGACUAAAGAGAUUGUACAGAGGUUACAAGGUCACACAGAUGUUGUGAUCUCAGCAGCCUGUCACCCUACAGAAAACAUCAUUGCAUCAGCAGCAUUAGAAAAUGACAAGACAAUUAAAGUGUGGUCGAGUGACUGCUGAAGUCUCUGACAGGUGAUGAGGAAAGACAAGUUAGUACAAAAGCCAGAGGAUUUUCUCUCUGGAUUCUGGCACAGCUUAACAUUUUUUCUUUGUUUGAAUCAGACAAUUUGCAAAAUGAGACCCCUGUAAAAGCAAGUCUAGGACCUAGGGCUUGUGAGUCUUAGGAGUCUCACGUGUUCAUCCCUGGACAGUGUCUCAUUCUCUUUCAAUAGCUUUCCUAGAAGGGAAAGGUUUUUGGAAUAUCUGGAAAAGUGACACAAAAGGAUGACUGCGAGGAAGAAGGAAGUAUAGCUUCUGGUUUGGGAGGUCAUUAAGGGUAGUGACAUUAGGGAGGUAAUGAGAGGAUUGGAGAUGUUUUACCUGUCACUUGCAUAUUUUUGGUGGUAUUCUACAUGAUGGGGCAUCAAAUUGCCAAAUCUGUUAAGUUGGGGACAAUAAAAUAUGGUCUGGUUUGUUCUA